AUGAAUCAAAAAAGAAAGAGCUCGUAUCUACGUCGGUUGUUCUCUUUUGUGUUUUUGCUUGCAAUGGUUUUCCUUAUAGGAAAUGCGUUUAUUACAGUAGACUAUAAUAAGGGCAUCUCGGGAUGGAGUUCGAUAAUUAGACUAAAUCUUGCAAAACUGAAGAUGUGCAAGAUACAAUUCAGGUCUCCGGGAAGCGAGACAUUACCGAGAGGCAUUGUUGCAAGUACAUCUGACUUGGAAAUGCGACCAUUAUGGGGCGCUAAGCGGAAUAAGAACCCAAAGCCAAACUUAUUGGCUAUGGCAGCUGGAAUAAAACAGAAGGAAAGUGUCAACAAGAUUGUCAAGAAGUUUCGAUCCAGUGAGUUCGUUGUGAUGCUGUUUCAUUAUGACGGCGCCGUGGAUGAAUGGAAGGAGUUUGAGUGGAGUGAAACUGCUAUUCAUAUUUCUGUCAUAAACCAAACCAAAUGGUGGUUUGCAAAGCGUUUUCUACACCCGGAUAUUGUCUCAGCGUAUUCUUACAUAUUUCUGUGGGAUGAAGAUCUCGGUGUUGAGCAUUUUGAUGCUACAAGGUAUGUUUCAAUAAUUAAAGAAGAAGGGCUUGAAAUAUCGCAGCCUGCUCUUGAUCCCAAUUUGUCUGAAGUGCAUCAUCAACUUACCGCACGAGACAAGAAAUCGAGAGUACAUAGGAGAACAUACAAAGCCAUUGGUCGGGCUAGGUGCAGCGAGAAUAGCACCGGACCUCCUUGCACGGGAUUUGUCGAAAUGAUGGCUCCUGUGUUCUCCAAAGCAGCGUGGAGGUGUACAUGGCAUAUGAUUCAGAAUGACUUAAACCACGGAUGGGGUAUAGAUUUUCAGCUUGGAUAUUGUGCACAGGGUGAUCGAACAAAAAAUAUCGGGAUUGUUGAUUCGGAAUAUAUACUUCAUUUGGGUCUUCCUACAUUAGGAGGUUCAGUUGAAAAUAAGACCGGUUCAGGACAAUUCGAUAAGACCGAGAGUCGGCAUAGUUCAGACAAAUCUAAACCAUCAUCAACAUCCCAAAUGUCAUCUGGUAGAUCUGAGGUUCGGAAGCAGACUUAUGCCGAACUGGAGACUUUUAAACACAGAUGGAAAAAUGCUGUGAAGAACGAUGAGUGCUGGAUAGACCGGUUCCAAUCGUGA